AUGGGCGAGGGCGGACUGCCCCCGGCCUUGCAGCUGCUGCUGCGCGCCUGCGACCAGGGCGACACGGACACGGCGCGGCGGCUGCUCGAGCCGGGGUCGGCGGAGCCGGCCGAGCGCGGCGCCGAGUCGGAGGCGGGCGCCGAGUCCGAGGCGGGGGCCGGGCCCGGGGCGGCGGCGGCGGCGGCGGUGGCGGCUCCGGGAGCUCCGGUGCCCGUGGACUGCUCGGACGAGGCGGGCAACACGGCGCUGCAGUUCGCCGCGGCCGGGGGCCACGAGCCGCUCGUGCGCUUCCUGCUGCGCCGCGGCGCCUCGGUCAACAGCCGCAACCACUACGGCUGGAGUGCGCUCAUGCAGGCGGCCAGAUGUGGGCAUGUGAAUGUGGCACACCUCCUGUUGGAUCACGGGGCUGAUGUCAAUGCCCAGAACCGGCUAGGGGCCAGUGUGCUCACCGUGGCCUCUCGGGGUGGCCACCUAGGUGUGGUGAAGCUGCUGUUGGAGACUGGAGCCAUCGUGGACCACCACCAGCCUUCCAGCGAACAACCAGCCGUGGGUAACAGCAGGGAUGAACUGCUGGGCAUCACGGCCCUGAUGGCCGCCAUCCAGCAUGGACAUGAGGCUGUCGUGCGCCUACUAAUGGAGUGGGGCGCAGACCCCAACCACGCAGCCCGGACAGUGGGCUGGAGCCCACUGAUGCUGGCAGCCCUCAUUGGGAAACUCAGUGUGGUGCAGCAGCUGGUGGAGAAAGGAGCCAACCCAGACCACCUCAGCGUGUUGGAGAAGACUGCCUUUGAGAUUGCCCUUGACCGAAAGCACAGGGACCUGGCUGACUACCUGGACCCACUGACCACUGUCAGGCCCAAAACAGAUGAGGAGAAAAGACGACCUGAUAUUUUCCACGCACUCAAGAUGGGAAACUUCCAGCUGGUUAAGGAGAUUGCUGAUGAAGACCCCAACCAUGUGAACCUGGUCAAUGGAGACGGGGCCACCCCUCUGAUGCUGGCAGCCGUCACAGGGCAGCUCCCCCUGGUUCAGCUGUUGGUGGAGAGACAUGCUGAUGUGGACAAGCAGGACAGUGUGCAUGGCUGGACGGCACUCAUGCAGGCCACCUACCAUGGGAAUAAAGAAAUUGUCAAAUAUCUGCUGAAUCAAGGGGCUGAUGUCACGCUUCGAGCCAAAAAUGGGUACACGGCCUUUGAUCUGGUGAUGCUGCUGAAUGACCCCGACACGGAACUUGUUCGGCUGCUGGCGUCUGUGUGCAUGCAGGUGAAUAAGGAGAAAGCGCGGCCCAGCCACCCGCCGCCCCUGCCCCCCUCGAAGGUCAGACAGCCCUGGAGCAUCCCAGUGCUACCCGAUGACAAGGGUGGGCUAAAGUCCUGGUGGAACCGGAUGUCCAAUAGGUUCCGCAAGCUCAAGCUGAUGCAGACGCUGCCCCGCGGGCUGGCCGGCAGCCAGCUCCUGCCUUUCUCCGAUGACCCCGAGCCGGCCCUGGACUCCACGAUGCGGGCGGCCCCCCAGGACAGGACCAGCUGUUCUGGGCCCCCUGAGGUGGACCACAGGACCAAAGACAGUGGAGCCGGGAGCCUGAGAGGAGAGAAGGAAGAUGCAUUAUUGACGACCAUGCUGCGAAAUGGAGCUCCCUUCCCCCGACUCCCGAGUGACAAGCUGAAGGCUGUCAUCCCACCUUUCCUGCCCCCGUCCAGCUUUGAGCUGUGGAGCUCAGACAGGUCCCGGACACGUCACAAUGGGAAGGCUGACCCCACGAAGACUGUGUUGCCUCCAAGAGCCAGCAGGGCCCAUCCCAUGGGUGGCGGGACUACAGACACUGCUGCUAUCAGGUCCGUGAAAUUCCCCAGCAUCUCCAGAAGUCCUGCCUCUCCCAGCAGCUCGGGGAACUUCAACCAUUCUCCUCAUUCCUCGGGGGGUUCCAGUGGAGUUGGGGGCAUAAGCAGACUCGGUGGGGAGCUGCAUAAUCGCUCAGGUGGCAGCAUAGACAGCGUUUUGUCCCAGAUUGCCGCUCAGAGGAAGAAGGCAGCUGGAUUAUCUGAGCAGAAGCCCAGCCAGCAGUCAAGUCCUGCGGGGCCAGCGCUGGGCUCCAGCCCCCCUGAGCUUCCGGUCUCUCCCGUGUGCAGUGGCAGCACUUCCGGUAGCAAGCAGAAACUGGACACCAGCAAACGGCCUCCAUCUGGAACUUCCAGUACCUCCAAAAGUACCUCCCCAACCCUCACGCCCUCCCCCUCCCCCAAAGGCCACACUGCGGAGUCCUCAGUGUCUUCCUCCUCAUCCCAUCGGCAGUCCAAGAGCAGUGGGGGCUCCAGCAGCGGCACCAUCACAGAUGAGGAUGAGCUGACUGGAAUCCUUAAGAAAUUAUCACUUGAGAAAUACCAGCCCAUCUUUGAGGAACAAGAGGUAGACAUGGAAGCCUUCCUCACACUCACCGACGGCGACCUGCAGGAGCUGGGCAUUAAGACGGAUGGGUCCCGGCAGCAGAUCCUGGCAGCCAUCUCCGAACUGAAUGCAGGCAAGGGACGCGAGAGGCAAAUUCUACAGGAGACCAUUCACAACUUCCAUUCUUCCUUUGAGAGCAGCGCCAGCAACGCCAGGCCCCCUGGCAACAGACCUGCCAUGGCCGGGUGGGUGAGGCCAGAAGAAGCUGCAUCCAGCAAGAGGUAGCAGCAGCUCAGAUGGCUCUGCUGGCAUCAGAGCCCUGAGGCAUCACGUACUGGCUAGCGGACCCCUGCCCUCUCACUGGGCCUGCCCCCAGGUGUUUGCAUCCGUGACACUCCGAGCAAAUGGGCAUAAAGAAAGGAGACCAUCUGGCCAGAUCAUCAGAGCUGACCUGGCAGCAGAGAGGACGAGGGACGCCCUUCCAUUUGGAAUUGCCCGGCAGCAUUGUGCAGACCAGAUGGCUGCAGACAUCUACCUUGAUCUGUGCAUCCAAGUGGGUCUCACCUGCGAAGCUGAGACCCUUCCAGAGAAGAUUCUGCACCCAAAUGAAGGGGACCUCACAGAAGAUGUGGGUGGUGAAGCGACCUUUGGCUGUCUCUGUCUAUUUCAAGCAAGUUAAUCUGUUCAACUAAUGGGUCCUGCUCAAUGUGUAGAGAGGCUUGAAUGUGCCCCCCCUCACCACCCAAUAAAGUUGGUGUCAAAUUCUUCAGGACUGGUAGGAGAGGGUGGUAAACCUCUUCCCUUUGGAGUUUUACACUCACUUGCCAGAUAGAUACUUAAGGCUUGUCAAGUUCCCCACUAGCCUUGGGGUGCUGCCUUCUUAAGAGCAGACUUGGGGUUCAGCCCCAGUUGCAAAAGAGCCGGGAAGCCGGGCCCCAACGGACAGUGGGUGGUUCAGGUGGUAAGGGUGAGGGAAAUUAACAUACGUCAUGUGAGGAGUGACCACAAGUCCAGUUUACUUGUCUCCAAAACCACACUCAGCUACCCAAGGCUGUCUAGGGCUCUGCUACUGGGGUGGAGGCAACUCUCCCCUCAGCAGAAUCCUCUUCCUAUUAGAGCCUUCUCUCCAGGGCUAGCAGACAGAGCACUAGCUUCAAUGGGGACAUCUGAUGUCUCAAGCUCUCUCUAGGGCCACUGUAUCUACUGGUCAGAGACCAGGGUGCCAUCUUGUAUCAGCCCUACAGAGCCAGUUUCCAUUUUCCUCAUAUCGAACUCCAUAUUAAAUUAAUAUUUCCAUGCCAA